AUGGUUAAAUUUCUAACCAUGUGUUUAUUGUGGUAUGCAUCCUCUGCGGUCACAAACAACCUAAGCAAACAGAUUCUCAACGAAUACCAACACCCUGUCACGCUUACUUAUGUACAAUUUGCUCUGGUGUCCAUCUGUUGCGCAAUUGCUGCUAAUGUGAAUAUUGGAUUCUGCCAGAUUCGUGCACCCACUAUCGAUAUCCUCUAUACCAUCCUACCCUUGGCCUUGUUUCAGAUUUUUGGCCACAUCUUCUCCUCUGUUGCCAUGUCCUAUGUCCCAGUUAGCUUUGCCCAUACCAUCAAGGCACUGUCCCCGCUUUUCACCAUCAUGCUCUAUCGAUCCAUCUACAAAAUCAUGUAUACUCGGCGGGUGUAUCUUUCUCUAGUGCCAUUGACUAUGGGUGUUAUGCUUGUCUGUGCCACUGAGAUCAAAUUCCAUGUUAUUGGCUUUCUCUGCGCGCUCGCAUCCACGUUUGUCUUUGUUGUUCAAAAUGUGGUGUCCAAGAAACUCUUUAAUGAUUCAUCCUCAAAAGUUGUAUCAACGGCAGUCAAGAUUGACAAGCUUAACAUGCUGUUUUACUCUUCUUCCAUGGCAUUCAUUCUCAUGUUUCCAAUAUGGGCAUACGACGAGGCUCCUGCAUUCUUCAAUAGCGACACGGAUCCGCUGUCUUUCCGACUCUACACUCUUUUUGCUCUCAAUGGUAUCUCUCAGUUUGUUCAAAGCGUGCUAGCUUUCUGGAUUCUUUCUCUUACAUCACCCAUCACAUACUCUAUUGCUUCUCUUGUCAAGCGUAUAUUUGUUAUUACUGCCUCCAUUAUCUACUUUCGCGAUAAGGUGAGCAUCACUCAAGCCGCUGGUAUCUGCCUAACCUUUUUUGGGCUGUGGCUUUACAACGAGGCGAAACGUGAAGUGGCUCGCACUGAGGCCAAGAUCAGUGCUAUUCAUGAACGACGAGCCUCUCAUCAUGCACUGCCGACCCGCAAUCCAACAGAAAAAGACUUGGAUGUUCGGUGA